AAAGAAAUUCGUUUGGGAGACAUUUUCGGAACGCGUAGUAUAUAUGUCAUUUUGACAGCGAAGCGAACAUGGCUUACAAGGCAAGAUUAAAAGAAUUCGAUGAUUGUUUGCAAGGGGAUGUUAUCGAUUUGAAGACGCUUAAAAAAUUAUGUUUUAACGGUAUUCCAGACACAGCUGGUUUUAGACCUUUAUGUUGGAAGCUAUUAUUAGGAUAUUUACCUCCUGAGAGAGAAUCUUGGAAGGAUACUUUAGAGAAAAAUAGGAGACUUUAUAAAAAUUUUAUAGAUGAUCUUGUAGUUUUGCCAGGUACUGAAGAUGCAAAUGGUGACAAUAAUUUCUUAGAUCAUCCUUUAAGUUGUAAUCCAGAUAGUCGUUGGCAAACUUUUUUUAAAGAUAAUGAAGUUUUGUUACAAAUUGAUAAAGAUGUAAGGCGACUUUGCCCAGACAUAUCGUUUUUUCAGCAACCCACUGAAUACCCUUGCCAUGAUAUUGUUAGUAGUAAAGAAAUUAAGAGGUUACACACGAGAGUCCAAAGAAGUGUUCUCAAAUGUGCUAAUGUCGAAAGAAAAGGAUUGGGAAUCACUAAGCAGAUUACUUUAUUAUUAAAAAAAGCCCCUGAAGAUUAUGAACCAAUGGCUGAAGGACAAGAAGCUCAUUGGGAAGUGGUGGAACGUAUCUUAUUCCUUUAUGCUAAAUUAAAUCCAGGACAAGGUUAUGUUCAAGGAAUGAAUGAAAUUGUUGGUCCCAUUUAUUAUGCUUUUGCAUGUGAUCCAGAUUUAACAUUUAGAGAACACGCCGAAGCUGAUUGUUUUUUUUGCUUCACAAAUUUAAUGUCGGAAAUCCGAGACUUUUUCAUAAAAACUCUUGAUAGCACCGAUUGCGGAAUCAACAAUAUGAUGACACGUUUGUCAAUGCAACUAAGAAAAAGCGACCUCGAUAUUUGGUUGAGGUUCCAACAACUUGAAUUGCGUCCAGAAUAUUAUAGUUUCCGAUGGCUUACACUGUUAUUAUCACAAGAAUUUCCUUUACCCGACGUAUUAAGAAUAUGGGAUACUUUAUUUUCUGAUGAGAAUCGUUUCGAUUUUUUGAUCUAUAUUUGUUGCGCGAUGAUCGUCGUUUUAAGGGAUAAAUUGAUAAGAGGAGAUUUUCCGUCGAAUUUAAAAUUAUUACAAAGCUUUCCACCGACGGAAAUCCAAAAAAUCCUUCCUAAAUCUUUUGAAUUAUUUCUUCAAAACAGUUAGUUUUGUAUGAAUUUUUUAAACAAAUUAAAAAUACUCAUAAUAUACAACUUUAAAUAAUUAUAAAUAGUUUUUAAGUGUACAUAAUUAAGUUACGAUAUAAAUAAUCAUUGUAAAUCUUUGUUUAUACAUUUUUUAUGUGUAGAAAAAUAAAUAUAUUAAAUUUAA